UGAGAAAUGCGAGUCUCGUGAUUUGCUCCCGCAUUUUGCUACUCCAGGUUUACUCCCGUGCUCCCCUUGGGAGCCUUAGUGCCGGCGGAGUCGUCCACCAACCCCCAAUCAGCAGCGGACGAAUCGAAUGACGUCGCCCCGUUGUUCGCGCCUAGAUCAGCCGAGGUAAGUUUGACUCGACAAAGCGAGACGACCACACAAACACGCGCGCCAGCACCGCAUGCACUCGGACCGGUGAGUGCAGUUCAGUGUGUGGUGCAUUGCCGCUGCGACGACACCGAACAAACGCCAACACCAACCCCGUGCUUCCCCCAUUUCCGUCGUCUUCCUCUCGUCAACUCACUUCCACUCUCAUCAACCUCACGCCAAAUCUCACCAGGCAUCCCACAACCUACACCUGUAAUAUUUUCAGUAGCCUGUCAACACUCGGCUUACAAUAACGCAAUCUACCGAACCCCUCACGCAACCCUUCUAAACACCGCCAAAAUGUCCAAGACAUUCACCACCCAAGAGGUCGCCCAGCACAAGACCGAGAAGGACAUGUGGCUCAUUGUCGAGAACGGCGUCUACGACAUCACAGCCUUCCAAUCAGAGCAUCCUGGCGGCGAAAAGAUCCUCAAGCGCUUCGCCGGCAAGAACGCGACAAAGGUGUUUUGGAAGUACCACAACGAAAAGGUGCUCGAGAAGUACGGCGGCAAGCUCAAGAUUGGCGAAGUCGCCGAGAGCGCAAAGUUGUGAUUUUCUAAAUUGACGUUUAUCUUUGUGAACAUUUAGUCGGGUUUUGUACCAGUUCUUGCAUUUGAGCAUUUUGCUUUCUUAUCGGUCUUUUGUUCUAGCGCAUUGAGGGGAUAUCGAGGAAGCAACGGCUCUCCCCGAGUACCUCAGAUCGUUGACGUGUCAUGGGAUCUAUCCGGGGCCAGCUGGCUCGGGAAGAGUGGAAGCCGUCAGGGUCGGUUGGGUGCGAGUAGCCUGGGCGCCGUGGGCAUCUCUUUGGUUCUGGAGAGCGGCUGACCUCAUGGCAAUGUCUUGUUUACUGACAACCUACGGGACAACAAGAGCACGUAUGAGUGGUGCGGAGGAGAGUCUCAGUAGACUAUGCCGCAACGCAUUGGCGAAGACGGUAGACGUCGACAUUUAAACGGCUUUGAAGCCAUGUGUACGCCAGAAUAGACGUUUAUUUCCCACACCCCAGAAAUCAUUUCCAUUAACUCAUUG